AUGCAGGACUGGUUGUGUUGGCAGGCCUUACCUUCCUCAGAAGCUGAGACAUUACUGACUGCCUGCAGCCGACACAGUCAGGCUGUCAAAACUGCCAUCAAGUUGGCAGAGGAAUGUAUGGCCAGACAGAUAUCCGAGCUGAGCAUCGUGCCAGGAGAAGAUCUGGUGUGCAGACAACACCUGUCCACCUUCCGUGCAGCAUAUGUGUUGGACUCUGUGAUUGGCAGUUUACAAGUGGCUCUGGAUCAGUGUUUUUUCCAGUCCAUGGUGGACACAGACCCCCACAAAGCCAUGGACAUCGCCCGAAACCUGCUGCCUGCCACCUUCCAGUUGGUGGAGAUCUACUCUGGGCUGGCGAAAUGCUGCAUCUUGUAUGAGGAGACCACUGGUGCAGAUGGUAAGGACAACAGGACUCCAGAUGCUUUUGUUGCCUACCAAGCUAUCCUAGGAGUGGGGUGCACCCGCCUGUCCAAAGUCUCAUCUCUGGGUCUGGCUCUCAUGGCCAGUCUGCCGCCAGGAAUUCGCAAAGCAGUGGACAACUGGAAUAACACAUCAGGAAAUGAAUAUCCCAGUACCGGAGCGUGGAGGAACACUUUUGCUAAUGAUCCCAUCCCGUGUGAGAGCUACACAGAGCUGGUUGUGAAGGCACAUGUGACCGGGCUGUCCAGCCAGCUGACCUUCUCCCUGAUGUCAUCUGUCAAACAUGUGCUGUCCAGUCUGGUGCACUUCUGUGGGGACCUGAUCGUGUGGUGUCCUGAUGCACUCAACUCUCAACAUCUCAUACAGGUUCUCCAACCACUGCUCCUAGAUGGAACCAGUGAAAACCUGACAGACUAUCUAAUAGUGACACUAGAACGUGUUCUGGGUCCGUUGGAUGGGGAAGACUUCACCAGCAGACUUCACUAUCAGCUGGUGGCUACAGCAUACAAAAUCACAGUCAUGCUCAUGACCAGUCACAGUGGUCUGGAUGAGACCAUUCUGCAUGACUGUAUCAAGUUCAUGGAUGUUCAGGUAAAGCGAAAUGAAUAUCCCAGUACCGGAGCGUGGAGGAACACUUUUGCUAAUGAUCCCAUCCCAUGUGAGAGCUACACAGAGCUGGUUGUGAAGGCACAUGUGACCGGGCUGUCCAGCCAGCUGACCUUCUCCCUGAUGUCAUCAGUCAAACAUGUGCUGUCCAGUCUGGUGCACUUCUGUGGGGACCUGAUCGUGUGGUGUCCUGAUGCACUCAACUCUCAACAUCUCAUACAGGUUCUCCAACCACUGCUCCUAGAUGGAACCAGUGAAAACCUGACAGACUAUCUAAUAGUGACACUAGAACGUGUUCUGGGUCCGUUGGAUGGGGAAGACUUCACCAGCAGACUUCACUAUCAGCUGGUGGCUACAGCCUACAAAAUCACAGUCAUGCUCAUGACCAGUCACAGUGGUCUGGAUGAGACCAUUCUGCAUGACUGUAUCAAGUUCAUGGAUGUUCAGCUGGAGAAGAGCCCCGGAUGUUUGGCCAUGAAGAAGUUCUUCUGUGACGACCAGGGAGGCCAGCUGGUGGCACUGCUGCUGUCUGCCAGUCACAAGCUGUCAGCUGCCUUCACCAACAAGGUACUAAAGUUCUUCAACAAACUCUUCAUCUUGGCUGAGAAGAACCCUGAUGAUAAAAACCUGCACAGUCUCUGCCAGUCUUUCUCUUCAAUCAAGGAUGUCAACUCAGCAGAACUCCAGGACUGGCUGACCUGCAUGAUUACAGGCAGUAAAAGUGAGAGUGAUGAGAAGGACAGCUGUCUGUCUGAGAACAGGUUCCUGCUGCAGACCCUGACCUCUCACCUGGUGAAGGACACCUUCAGUCUGGGAGAGGACGUGGGCCAGACUCUGCUGAGAGCCUUACUCCCCAUGGGCACACAGAUGCUGCAGGAUGGAGGUACAGGAUUCACAGAUCUGCUGAUCGUCAUGGCAACUCUGGCAGGUGCAGGGUCAGGAACUGGGCAUGUGCAGCUGUUCCAGGCAGCCAUCGACUGGAUCUGUACCUUUCAGCAGGUCCUGCUGCAGACCCUNACGUCUCACCUGGUGAAGGACACCUUCAGUCUGGGAGAGGACGUGGGCCAGACUCUGCUGAGAGCCUUACUCCCCAUGGGCACACAGAUGCUGCAGGAUGGAGGUACAGGAUUCACAGAUCUGCUGAUUGUCAUGGCAACUCUGGCAGGUGCUGGAUCAGGAACUGGGCAUGUGCAGCUGUUCCAGGCAGCCAUCGACUGGAUCUGUACCUUUCAGCAGGCUGUUGCUGUAGAAGACGUUGGUGUGUCAGUAGAGACAGGCAGACAGGACCCCGCCGGAGAGUCACUGUGUUACCUGCUCAUGUACGUAGCGGACGUGCUGAUCGCGCUGAAACAGGCCACGGGCGGCGGGCGCUCCACGUCUCCGCUGUGUGAGAGGGAGGGCAGCGUGCUGGAGGAGACAGACUGGGCGGACGACCUGGUACAGGAGGAGGAGGAGGAGGAUGCGGAGGACUCUGAUGAGGACUCCCUGUGUAACAAACUCUGCACCUUCACUGUUACACAGAAAGAGUUUAUGAACCAGCACUGGUACCACUGUCACACAUGCAAGAUGAACGAUGGUGUGGGAGUCUGUACCAUCUGUGCUAAGGUGUGUCACAGAGACCAUGAUGUCACUUACGCCAAGUACGGAUCCUUCUUCUGUGACUGUGGGGCCAAAGAAGAUGGCAGUUGUCAGGCAUUAGUGAAGAGACUGGCAGUGAGCAGCAGCAGCCCCACAGGAAAUGUGCUGUCCUGUAAGGACAAGUCAGGUGACCUGCUGUACGACUCCCACCUGUCCAGUCCUCCUGCACCAGAAGACAAGGUGUCGACUGACGGACCAGAUCGCAGCAAGGAGAUGCCAACAACAAGGAAAAUCCAGUUCUGCAGACAUCUGGAGUGCUUCACCCCGGCCCUGCUGAAGGAGAUGGAGUCUUUAGGAACAGCAGACACCGUGUUACAGCUGCUGACCUCGCUCCUGACUCCACCAGCUAAACCUGCGCAGGACUCGCUGUCCAUGGGCAGCUCCACACGCGUGGAACACGCCCUCAACCAGCUCCACACGCAGCCCAAGGUCGUGGAAACCACCGACCAGCUGAUGGUCCCAACCCUUGGAUCCCAGGAGGGAGCCUUUGAGAAUGUGAGGAUGAACUACAACGGAGACCAGGGCCAGACCAUCCGGCAGCUCAUCAGUGCACAGAUGCUGCGCCGUGUCGCCAUGUGCUGUCUCACAUCCUCACAGGGCAGACGCCAGCACCUGGCAGUCAGUCACGAGAAGGGAAAGAUCACACUCCUGCAGCUGUCUGCGCUGCUGAAACAGGCUGAUUCCAGCAAGAGAAAACUCACCCUCACGAGGCUGUCGUCUGCUCCGAUGCCGUUUACAGUCAUUUCAAUAACAGGAAACCAGUGUAAUGAAGACUUCCUGGCAGUCUGUGGGCUGAAGGACUGCCAUGUGUUAACCUUCAGCAGCUCAGGGGCAAUGUCAGACCACUUGGUUCUACAUCCUCAAUUGGAGACUGGGAACUUCAUAAUCAAGGCAAUCUGGCUCCCAGGCUCGCAGACAGAGAUAGCUGUCAUCACUGCAGACUUUGUCAAGAUCUACAACCUGGCAGUCGAUGUGCUGAGCCCUGGAUAUUACUUUCUGUUGCCGAGUGGAAAAAUCCGUGAUGCCACCUUCAUAUUUGUGGACGACAUUUACUACAUUGUCCUCAUGUCAUCUGCUGGAUACAUGUACAUUCAGGCCAUGGAGCAGGCCAGCAGUGCUGUUCAUGGACCAUUCUACAUCACCACCCUGCUGGAACCUAAACACCCUGAUAUCAAGGAAUCGAAUGGUCAGAUCUGUGGAGGAGGUGUGUCUGUCUACUACUCACAUGCCCUGCAGCUGCUGUUCUUCUCUUACACACAAGGGAAAAACUUCAUUUCUCCCCUGAAGAAAAUUGUGACUGAUCUGAGUCCUGUCUUCCCAGUGACACUGCGAAGCUCCAAUGGUGCAGGGAAAGGCAGCAGUCCCUCUCUGUGUCAGUGGAGUGAAGUGUUGAACCAUCCUGGACUCAUCUGCUGUCUGACUCAGACUGCCGGCACUCCUGUGGUUAUCAUGGUCAAACCAGACUCCAUCCUGGUUCAAGAAAUCAAAACUGUUCCUGCAAAAUCCAAGAUCCAGGACAUGGUUGCCAUCCGGCACGCGUCCGCCAGCUCUGACAACCAGCGCACGACACUGAUCCUGCUGUGUGAAGACGGCAGUCUGAAGAUUUACAUGGCCAACGUGGACUCCACCAGUUACUGGAUGCAGUCUGCCUUCCAGUCUGUCAGUGUGUGUGGUGGGGUUCGACCGGUCAGUCAGAGGAAACCACCCAAAACUGGACGGCCAUCUUCCCAGGUUACCUUCCCUGUCGACUUUUUUGAACACCAACAGUCCAUGACAGAUGUGGAGUUUGGAGGUAAUGACUUGCUUCAAGUGUACAACUUACAACAACUGAAGCACCGACUCAACACCACGGGGAUGUUUGUGGCAAGCACUAAGCCAUCCGGGUUUUCCAUUGAGAUCAUCAACCCCAACCCCACCCUGGUGAUGACAGGUCUGCGGGUCCAUGUGGGGUCUCAGUCUGUGGAGCGAGCUCCCUCCUUCCUGGAGAUAUUUGGCAGACCCAUACAGUGCACCCUGACCCGCAACCGCUGGUUUGACCUUCCCUUCACCAGAGAAGAGUCCCUGAUGGCAGACAGGUCCUGUACACUCUUUGUUGGAGCUUCCCUGGACCCCUCUGGAGUCACUAUGGUUGAUUCCAUCAAAGUGUAUGGGAAAAGUAAGGAGGCAUUUGGUUGGCCAGAUGAACUGGAGGAGUUUCCAUCAUCUUCCACUGGUCAUUACCUGACCGCCAUGUCUGCACCAAACCCACAGGCCGCCGUCCAGUCUGAGGAAACUCUGUCAACCACAGACAGGCUGAUCACCAGUGCCCUGGAAGUGCUGGAAGGAUGUUUUGCCAUCUUCCCUGACAGUACGGAAAGUCAGCGGGAAGGUUGUUUGAAGAUGACCAUGGAGCUGUUGAACCCAGCCCUGCCAGUAUCAGUACAACAACAUGCCAAAGCUCUGCUCUCAUCUCUGCAUACCAACAAAGUGGACUACUAUGAGCACAAGGACCAGGCCCAGCUGUUGCAUGUAGUGGGUGGUUUGGCUGCUCACUACAAGGGGAAUGUGGACAUGGAUGUGGAGAUAUUCCAGCGCAUAGUGAUGACAGCUCACAGUGUGGCCAUGGCCCGUCCACAGAACUUGUGCAGAUAUGCUGUUCUCCCCAACACACAACAAGCAGAAGACUUGGCCCCUUCUCAAAUGAAGAUUUCACAUCCGUUCCUGGAAACGUUGCAGCGUGUCUUCUGGCAUCUUCAUGGCAUCAAACCUGCCAACCCAGCACUGGCACCUCUGGGUCUACCAGGUCUGACCCCUGUAGAUGUAAUAGUAGCAGCCCUGGUGGACAUCAUCCAUGCCUGCACCUUGUGUAACCUUGAUCUGGUUCCGCUGGCAUGUCAUCUGUAUGUCCAGAUGUUACUUGCACAGGACCUGAUGGUGAGUUUCUCGUGUAAGCAGGCUUUAAUCCAUGUGCUGAGACCUCGGCAGCGAGGCCCGUCUCUGGCAGCAGCAGCUGGAGGUGAGCAGGAGGAGGACAAGCCGGCGCAGGACCAGCCGGGCGCCGGACAACAUCUGGACACGGAGGCCAGGAGCACGCCUGGGGCAGAACCACAGUAUGAGGCAGAAGGGCUGAGUCUGGAAGGCCGUGAGUUGGUGGGAGACAGCGGCAGUUCCGGCGGCCCUCACCUGGAGGCGCUGCUGGCAGAUGGAGCAGAGUUCCCCGCCAUGUUGGACAUCCCUCCUGACGCGGACGAUGAGACCAUGGUGGAGCUGGCCAUCGCUCUGAGCCUACAGGACCAACGAGGUCACUCCAGCGGCCUGGGGCUGCAGGGGCUGACCUUGGACGCCUCUCAAGGACAGAGCCACUCCUCACUGGAGGCGGGAACACUUUCUGACACAACAGCAUCAGCAGCAGCCAGCGAUGAUGAGGGCAGCACAGCUGCGACUGACGGGUCCACGCUGCGGACCUCUCCUGCAGAGCAUGCUGGGAGUGGGGAGUCAGAGAGCAGUGGGAGCGCAGCAGACUCCAUUACAGGCGAGCAAAACGUGAGUGGACGCAGCAGCACAUUUGGAGACUCCAUCCAGGAUGGAUCUGUGUUGGAGGCCAGCAGUGCAGCUACCAGUGGCAAUCUGGGGGGGACUGGUCUGCAGCAGGAGGGGGAGGAGUCUGAAGGGGAGGCUGAUGUAGACAGAUACAGACUCCAGUCCCUGCGCAGGGCUCUACUGGAGAUGCUGAUGAAGGACAUCCCCAGACUGAGGGAGGUCGGUGGGACCAGAGCCAUCCCAUUCCUGCAGGUGGUUCUUAUGUUGAGCUCUGACCUGGACUGCAGUGACAUGAGGGACUCUGCAACACUCAACAACCUGCUGUCAUGUUUACUCCAACAGUUGGACAUCCCCACACAAGAUGUGGCCAGAAUGGCAGAGAGAAGUAAGGAGCAUGAAGUCCAGCUGGUCAUCAUGAGACUGUUGAGUGUCUUCAUGUCUCGCACAAAGAUACUGUCCAAAACACACACCGAGAGUUCUUCUGAGCUGUCUCAGCACACAGCAGGUGUGGUGCUGUCCGCCGGACUGUUGGAUUACUGUCUGCUGUGCCUGAAGGAGCUGCACAAGUAUUGGACAGACAGUCUGAGGGAACAGGAAUCACAAGCCACAGUGGUCAGUAACUUACUGAAGCCGCACCAGUCCAUGUCACCCCCCGACAUGUCCCCCUUCUUCCUAAGGCAGUAUGUGAAGGGCCAUGCACAAGAUGUAUUUGAAGCCUAUCCCCAGCUGUUGACAGAAAUGGUGCUACGGCUGCCAUGUCAGAUUAAGAAGGUGGCAGAUCUGUGCCCCAGUGUGACCUCUCCUGUGUUCCAGCAGGACUGGUUUCAUGUGCUGUCAGAGUAUAUGCUGACACAACAUACAACCUUCAUCAGGAGGCAAGUCAGGAAACUCAUGCUGUACCUGUGUGGUUCUAAGGAGAAAUACCGUCAGCUGCGAGACCUGCAUGCUCUACAGUCUCACAUGGGCCAAGUCAAGGAACUUUGUGAAGAAGGAGGUUUCAAGAAGAACGGUCUACAGACAGCAGUUAUCAGCCUUCCUUAUGACAAACUCAUUGUAAUGAUGGACCACCUGAAGGCCUGUACUGAGGUGGCUGCUACUCGAACCUCUAACUGGCAAACUUUCUGCCAUCAGGACAAGAGUAAGUAG